CUCCGCCGCUGCCGGCCAACCGAGGGAUUCUCUCUCCAGAGAGCCGUUGGAGCAAGAAUCGAUGUUGGCUUCUCUCCUCAAAGAUCUCAUUUUUCUUCGGUAGCUAGUGACUCUGAGCUCGUCAAGGUUAUUGAGUCCGAGAUCAAGUGCGCUAAAGAGUGUGACGAUCACGAUCGGGUUGAGGAAAUACCUGAAGGGUUUCCUUUUGAGAUCAAGGACGAGAAGGGAAAGAACAUAAUCACCCUAAAAAGAAAGUAUCAAGAUGAGGACGUCGAGAUUACAGUCUCCAUGCCUAGUCUCGUGACUGGAGAAGAACCUGAUAGGGACAAUGACAACGAAGAUGAGGAUGAAGAAGGUGAUAACGGAGCGAGCCCAAGCCAAUCUAGCAUCCCGUUGACUGUCAGCGUCAACAAAGGACAAGGGCCGAGCUUGGAGUUCAUGUGCACUGCUUAUGCUGAUGAAAUCGUGAUCGAUGCCAUGUCGGUUAGAGAAGAUGGAUUGAAGAAGGAUCCGGAGGAAACCCUUGCUUACGAAGGGCCUGAUUUUAAUGAUUUGGAUGAGAACUUGCAGAAAGCCUUUCACAAGUACUUGGAGCUUAGAGGCGUUACUCCCAUCACAACUAAUUUCUUGCACGAGUACAUGAUCAACAAAGAUAGUCGCGAGUACUUGCGUUGGCUCGAGAAUCUCAAGGCGUUUGUCCAGAAAUGAUUUGUCGUCAUGAAAUAUGACUCUUUUUUUAUGUUAAAUUUGUUUUGUUUUUUUUUUUUUGUUGGGGGGACCCAUCGGUAAACCAAUUUAUAAUUAUCGAAAUCCAGAAAUCCAAAAUGACGAAUUUACAACGUGUAGAAUCUAAUAUUGUAAGAAAUAAUAAAGAUCCACAGUACUGCAUCUGUGGGUGGCUUGUUUCUAUUUUGAAGAGGGUACGAAAUUCGUCCGAAUAUUUUGUU